AUGGAUUCAGACAUCCCAGAAGCCUUCCAGAAAGAGCUCACCUGCCUCGUGUGCCUGAAUUACCUUCUAGACCCAGUCACCAUAGGCUGUGGACACAGCUUCUGUAGGUCCUGUCUCUGUCUUUUCUGGGAGCAAGCCGAAGACCCUGUCAGUUGCCCAGUGUGCAGGCAACGAUCAGAGCAGACAAACCUCAAAACCAAUUUUCUUCUGAAGAAUCUGGUGUCCAUUGCCAGAAAAGCAAAUCUCGGGCAAUUCCUGAACUCUGAGGAACAUAUGUGUGGGACCCAUAAGGAGACAAAGAAGAUCUUCUGUGAAGCCAACAAGAGCUUGCUCUGUUUGGUCUGCUCUCAAAGUCAGGAGCACAGGGCUCACAGGCACCGUUCCACUGAAGAGGCUGCUGAGGAAUACUGGGAGAAGCUGGCAAACCAAAUGAGAUCUUUAUGGGAAAAGAUCCAAGAAAUUGAAAGAAAUCUCAAGAGAGAUGGCAGAGGAACUGACCCUUGGAUGUUUUAUGUGUAUCGAUAUGGAGACAUGAUUAGGAAAACUUAUCAGAUGGUAACUCCAUUUCUUCAGGAGGAAGAAAAUUACUACUUAGGGAGUAUUAUAAAAGAAAGCCAAAAGAUUUGCAAGCAAAUCAGAAAAAGACAAGAGGAAAUGAGUGGAAAGAAGACACACCUCAAAGUAAUAUACAAAGAGCUCAUGAAAAUGUCCUAUAAACCAGAUGUGGAGCUGCUCCAGGAAUUGGGAGACAAACUGAAAUGGAGCGAGUCAGCACAGCUGCACACGCCUCAGCCUUUGCUGCCAGAACUCCGUGCACGACCCAUCACUGGGCUGAUGGACUGGCUCAACCGCUUCCGAGUAAAAAUUGCAUUCAGUAAUGAAGUAAGCAGCCAGCACAUCAGGCUGUUUGAUGACGCGAGAAGUUUGAAGUAUGAGCAUGACAGCCUCUAUGUGUCUUUGGAUGGCGGAACAUCGAAGUAUUUUGCUGCAUGGGGAUCCCGGGGCUUCACCUCUGGCAAACAAUACUGGGAGGUGGAUGUGGACAGCUCUUGGGACUGGGCUGUAGGCGUCUGUAAGGAUUCCUGGACAAGGAAGGAUGACGGCAUACUGAAGGAAUCCAACAGGGACAGCUUUCUCCUUGUGUGUGUGAAGGAGGAUCAUCAUUACCGUCUCUGGACCACCAUCCCGACCACUCCUCUGUACAUAGAGAAACCUCUGGGCAGCGUUGGCGUGUUCCUUGAUUUUGACAGCGGGAGUAUGAGUUUUGUGGAUGUUGUCAAGCGCUCCCUCCUUUGGAGGUACGAGGAUGGCCUGUUCACUUUCCCUGUCAGGCCUUUCAUUUGCACUGGCCACACGUGA